CCAGAGACGCGCGGCGAUCAGUGGUGCGCUGUGUCCCUUGGACGACGGCUCUGUAAUGUGGUCAGCUGUGUUCAAUCACAGCUGAUCGCAUGGGGCAUGUACACUGAUGAUCAGUGUAGCCCCAUCAGUGCCACCUGUCUGUGUCCAGCAAUGCCAGCUGUCAGUGCUAAUCAAUGCCACCUGCCAGUGCCCAUUAUUGCCACAUCAGUGCCACAUAUCAGUGCCUACCAGUGCACAUCAAUGCCACAUAUCAGUUCCCAUCUGAGCUGCCUUUCAGUGUCACCUAUCAGUGCCAGUCAGUGCCACCUAUCAAUACCAGUCAGUGCCGCCUAUCAGUGCUCACCAGUGCUGCCUAUCAGU